GCAAAUAUUUAUGAAUGAGUGGAAACAGGGGAACGGUUGUUGUUGAACGCACCCUCCGUAUUCCAAUCCUCCUUCUCACUCUUAGCCAAUGGGAUGAGAGCAUGCGAGCAAAGUACUGGGCUCUAUUUGGUGAGUUAUCCACUCUCUUAGGGCCUGCUGCCACUGAUAUAAAUGUAGCCCCUGUUUGUGCAGGGGCACUCUUCACUUCAGUCAUGGCUUUUGCUCGCCUCCUUCUUGUCUUGCUGCUUGGCUGCACACUGCUCCAUCUCGGACUUGGCCGUCCAUCCCGCUCCAGAAAAGCAGUCCCAUCUCGGCGGAGAGACACAGUGGCAGAAGACGACGAUGUGAGGGCACAACUCGACAAACUAUGGCAGGAGGUGAACUCCUUGAAAGAGAUGCAGGCAUUGCAAACAGUUUGUCUUCGUGGCAUCAAAGUCCACAAGAAGUGCUACCUUGCUGUCGAACAGCCCAAGCACUAUCAUGAAGCCAACGAGGACUGCAUCGCCCAGGGUGGGACUUUGGCCACGCCACGAAACCUGAAGGAGAACAACGAUAUAAGAGAAUAUGCCAAAUACAGCUCCCCGGAAUCCAAAGAAUUCUGGAUAGGUGUGACCGACAUAGUGAAAGAAGGCCAAUACGUCGAUGUCAACAGCAUGCCCAUCACUUACUUCAACUGGGAUCAUGCCAAGAAGGAACCAACAGGAGGCAAACGAGAAAGCUGUGUUGUUCUUUCUCUCUCAGCGCAGGGCAAAUGGCAUGAUGAGGUCUGCCGCACACAAAACAAAUACAUCUGUGAAUAUCUCAUUCCUUAGUGUGUAUUAAAUAUGCAUUACAUAUGAUUGUUGGUAACCUGAAUGCUGACACUGGUUGUUAAUGGUGACUAAAGUUGCAAUAUCAAUGUGCUGAUAGAAGAUAAAUAAGAAUGAAUGAAAAUAUUUUUUUCAAUAUUUCUACAUAAUCUGUUUGUAUAGAGUCAUUCAGAAUGGUUUCAUGUGAAAUUGUGCAUAGUGAAAUCUACCUUUGGGUUUCUUUACAGUGGUGGAGAUGUCUACCAUGCAAAAUAUAGCCAUUUCAGCCAUUCCUAGUAGCCAGUGAGUCUAUACACCGAUCAGAUAUAACAUUAUGACCACCUCCUUAUUUCUUUGAUCACUGUCCAUUUUAUCAGCUCCACUUACUACCUAGGUGCACUUUGUAGUUCU